CCAGCUGCUCCACACUCCACUCCACACUACACACCGCUCCGCCUCACUCUCCCUGCCGCGCCGCUCCCGCUCCCGCUCCGUCCCCGUGCCAAUGGCGCCCGUCCGAGCCGCCCUCCUCGCCUUCCUCGUCGCCGCGCUGCUCCCGCUCGGGCACGGACGCGGCCAUCAUCUGCCGGGGCACGGCCUCGUCCACCGCCACGGCCAGCCAGGGCACGCCCACGCGGCGCACGCACCGCUCGGCGGCGGCGCCUGGGCCUCCGCGCACGCCACCUUCUACGGCGGCGGUGACGCCUCCGGCACCAUGGGCGGCGCGUGCGGCUACGGGAACCUCUACAGCACGGGCUACGGCUCCAACACGGCGGCGCUCAGCACGGCGCUCUUCAACAACGGCCUCAGCUGCGGGGCCUGCUUCGAGGUGCGCUGCGACCCGGCCGGCACCGAGGCCGGCGCGCCGCACGCAUGCCUGCCCGGAUCCACCGUCGUCACCGCCACCAACUUCUGCCCGCCCAACUUCGCGCAGGCCUCCGACGACGGCGGAUGGUGCAACCCGCCCCGGGCCCACUUCGACAUGGCGCAGCCCGUCUUCGAGCGCAUCGCGCUCUACCGGGCCGGCAUUGUGCCAGUCUCCUACCGCAGGGUCGCGUGCCAGAAGAAGGGCGGCAUCCGCUUCACCAUCAACGGCCACUCCUACUUCAACCUGGUCCUCGUCACCAACGUCGGCGGCCCGGGGGACGUGCACGCGGUGGCCGUCAAGUCGGACCGCUCGGCGGCGUGGCAGGCGCUCUCCCGCAACUGGGGCCAGAACUGGCAGAGCAACGCGAUGCUCGACGGCCAGCGACUCUCCUUCCGCGUCACCGCCGGCGACGGCCGCUCCGUCGUCUCCAACAACGCCGUGCCGCACGGCUGGUCGUUCGGCCAGACCUUCAGCGGCGCACAGUUCUGAUGAAGAACCGUCUCAAGCGCCGAAAGAGCGCAUGCUAUCUAGUAGUAGUAGUAGUUGGUGCCCUCCCGAUUGGAGCGUGCUUGGAAGGCCCAUGGUUUUAUGGUGUGGUUCUUCCUCAAGCACUACGUUCUCCGGGGAUCGAUUAGGCCUAGUAUUAUCAUGGGCUCUUAAUUUUCCUGGCGCCUCAGUGUUACUAGUAGGUGUGUGUUAGCCGAAGCAUUUGAACGAGCUUUUGGCUAGGA